CCGGGAAGAAUGUGUGGACUUGAUCCUGGAAUUCCCUGCGCAUUCAAUGACGAACCAACAUAUCGUGUGUAUACGAUCAAUCAAAAGGGCACUCUUCAUCAUCCUCUGUGUUAUAGCAGCCAUCUUGAUCAUAAUCAUGGUUCCGCUGCUACUUUAUUGCUUGAUGUUAACUGGCAAACGCCGUAAGAGAAAUAGUGGACAAAGCACAAGAUCGGCCGGCGGCAAGAGUGGGAAAAGCGGCAAAAGUAAAAAGUCACAAAAAUCAGGAAGAUCAGCAAAAUCGGGCAAACCCCGAAAGAGGAAAGGCAAAGCAAAGAGAUCGCCAAGUAGCAGAAAGAGCAAGAGUAAGAGCACCAAAAGUUCUGGCAAAAGUGGAAAACGUGGAACAACUAGCAGCGAUCGUACCACUACAUCAAAGUCGACCUCUGGCACUAAUACGAAAGAUUCUCGCAAGAAAGGAAAAAGCGGCAAAAGUAAAAAAGGCAACAAAAGAUCAAAGGGUGCAACAACCAGUGCUGCCACCAACGACAGCUCGACUCAGCACCUCUGCAAAUUUGAUUUUGGAGUAGCGACAAGUGGCACUCAUGUCUA